GAAUUAAAAUAACAAUAAUGUAAAGGAUCCAAAUGAGUGUAGAAACAAAAAGCAACACACAACCUUACUAAAAACUCUACUCUCAUCUUCUUCUUCUUCUUCCAAACCCUACAAUCACAAUCACAAUCCAACCAUGACAUUAUUCACUUAACUAUGGGAAAGGGGGAACAACAACAACAGCAGCAGCAGCCUCUACCCAUCACUCAUCCACCACAAUCACCUGCACACAAUUGCUCCUCCUCCUCCUCCUCCUCCUGCUGCUGUUUGUUUCGCUUCAAAUGCCUCUUUGUUGUACUUCUUGGACUUUCACUCUUCCUCUCUGCUGUUUUCUGGUUGCCCCCCUUCUUCCGUAACCGGGAUCUGGAUCUAGAUUCUCAUUAUAAAGGUCAUGAUAUAGUAGCAACUUUUAUGAUUCAGAAGCCAUUGUCUUUACUGCAAGAUGAUUUUCAACGCCUCGAGGGUGACAUAUUUGAUGAAAUAAGAGUUCCCACUAUAAAGGUUGUAAUCUUAACAGCAGAAAGAAACGACACAUCAAAUACAACCAAGGUUAUUUUUGGCGUUGAUCAUGAUGAAUACAAUCCGUACAUUUCAUCGUACGCAAGAAGCUUAGUAAGAGAUUCUUUUGUCUCUCUUGUUCUAAAACAACCACCUCUACGCUUGACCGAGCCUCUGUUUGGGGAACCAUCUUCUUUUGAGGUGUUGAAAUUUGUUGGCGGAAUAACCGUCACCCCUGACCAGAGUGCAUAUCCGCUACAAAAGGUCCAAAUACGGUUCAACUUUACUUUGAACUUUUCUAUUCAACAAAUUCUCGACCACUUUGGUGAAUUGACUAGCCAGCUCAAGUCCGGCCUGCAUCUUAGUCCAUAUGAGAAUUUACACGUUAGCUUGACGAAUCCAAAAGGUUCGACAGUGGCUCUCCACACGACUGUGCAGUCAUCAGUUGUUCUGGCGAUCGGGACUCCAUCAAUGGCUAGGUCCAAACAGUUGGUUCAAACCAUUAAGGGUUCACCGACGAAAAAUCUGGGCCUAAACAACACUCAAUUCGGGCGGGUCAAGCAAAUUAGUCUUUCGUCUUAUUAUAAAGGUUCUAGUGGCGGCAGGGGAAGUCCGACACCUUCUCCAACUCCACUACCUCAUCCUCCUCCACAACCCCACCAUAAUCACCACCAUGAUAAGCAACUGCCGCCUGCAAAGCCACCGUCACCAUCAAAACAUUCCCCUGCACCUCACAAUAUUCACAAUGCAAAGCCGCCAGAUUGUCACUCUGGCUACAACAGGAAGAAGAGUUAUAGUAAGCAUCCUCCUGUAUUCUCUCCUGUUUCCCAGCCAGUCCCUUCACCACGUACCCCUCCCCCACGACCCCUGCGGAAUCUUUCGCCACCACCACGACUACCACUACCGCCACCACCAUCGUCAUUACGACCGCCAGGCCCGCCACCUCUAACCGAUAUGAUCCCUGCAUCAGGCCCAUUGCCGAAUGUAGUUUUUGCACACACUCACCCUCCUUCAAACAGUGAUGUUGCAGACCCUCAUGACAUGUCUCCGUCAGGUUCAUUUUUGCAACCUUCGUCGGCAUGUGGAGGUUUGGUGUUGGGUUUGAGGACGAUUAUGACAUUUGUCGCUGUCAUCAUACUGCAGCAACACUAAAGAGUGUUAGUAUUCUAUAAAGGGUACUUGAUGUUUUGUACAACCGAAACGAUGAUGUUGGAGAAGCGGGGAAGCAUUGCCAAAAGACGAGCAUGCCCUCACAGUCCUACUUCUAAGUGGAUAUAUAAUUGUGUCGUCGGUUGUGAUUGUAAAUAUUUGAAGUACAACAUGUUUUCAGGUCAAAGUCACGGAGGUGACAGGCCGAACCAACCAACCACGUUUCACGCUCUUUAUGUUCUGCUAAUGAUCUCUAUUCAAGCUCGAAGGAAUCGCAACACCAACAUUUGUUUUACAAAUCUUUUGCUUGCUGCACUUAUCUAGUUCAUCUUGUAGUUAAACAAAUGUGUCGUUCCUCUUAAUUGUAUGUGCGAAAAUUAGAUUAUGUAAAACGAUCUAUGCAGUUAAUAUCGGUUAUAUCGGCCCCCUAGUAAAAUAUCGGUCUCAAAUAUCGAUACUGAUAAUAUCGGCGAUAUUGACCGAUAUUUGACCGAUAUAACCGAUAUAUCACCGAUAUUUGACUGAUGUAUCACCGAUAUUCGACAGAUAAAACCAAUAUAUCACCGAUAUAUCACUGACUUAUCAGUGUUAAAUUGCUGUAUA